UUCCAAAAUCGCCUCAUGUUUAAGCCCAGGCCCUUCAAAUUUCUAGGGUUUUUAAUUUUGAUUCUGAGAAUCAAAAUUUCAAAUCCCUUUCCUCCUCCCCAAAUCCUACAGUCCUCGCACUCGCACUUAGCAGUAGACCAAAUUUCUGUCACAAUGAGCAGAUCUGGCCAGCCUCCGGAUCUCAAAAAGUACAUGGACAAGAAACUCCAGAUCAAGCUGAAUGCAAAUCGGAUGGUUGUUGGUACGCUUCGUGGGUUUGAUCAGUUUAUGAAUCUAGUGGUUGACAACACUGUGGAGGUGAAUGGCAAUGAGAAAACUGACAUAGGCAUGGUGGUGAUCAGAGGAAAUAGUGUUGUUACUGUUGAAGCACUUGAACCUGUAGGCACAAUGCAGUGAUUCUGGCUUCUCUUUUGGAAAUUUGGAAUUCACUUAAUGUAUCUCUUUAAUGCCGUGUUGUUUGGAUAACAUUGCUUCUAGUCUGCUAUUUUGGGAUGGGUUAUGUUUUGUAAUUGAGAAUUUGUAGAAGUUUAGAUGGAUUUCCCUGGUUAAUGAAAUGUAGAGGAUGGUAACAGUGGUAUUUAUUCUUAAUGCUCAGCCCUAGAUUGAAGCAUGUGGUUCUGCAUAUGUUAAAGCUUGUUUCUGGUCCUUGAUGCACUUUAAUGCAUUCACUUCUUUUGCCCCUGGAGCUUGGCAUUAGAUGAA